UGUCAAUUGGAAAGCUCCAAUGUUAUCAUAACACCAUUACCGGCGUAAUUGGCGUCUGCGCUGACACGUCAAAUGCACGUGUUGUGCUCCAAUCAGCCGUACAAUGUUUGUAAACAAGUAAUUGCCGUUGUUGAGCAAUACCAAAACAAGUCCUGCGCAGACGACGCCAGGAGACGGCAACAAGUUGUUGGAAAUUUUCCAAUUCCAGGAAUUUCGCAGAAACUCAACACAACCUUUGGAGCUUUCAACACAGUCUCAAGGCUUUAUAAGCUACGAGCAUUUUCGUGGACUUGAAAUUUUAUCAGUUGCUGUGCAGACCUGCAGUUGUAAAGACAUCUAAACGGAAAAACCAAAGUGUGGAAAAUUGUUUGUAUAUACACCAAUACAUACAUAUUUAUAUAUACCAAAAAUGCAUAGUAGGUUAAUGCUGAAGUUCAAAGAGACUGAAAAGUAUAUGUUGCAAGUAAUUUAAAGGUCCUGAAAAGUAAUAAAGCCUUGGAGGAAAAGUGUAUAAAUUCGUAGAGCAAAAAUCUUAAAAAAGAGAAAAUUACAUAUGUAUGUGUUAAAUUUUUCGAGUAAUUAAAAGCAUAGUCAUAAUUAUGUCGUGUUUGUGAGUUUCCAAGUAAGUGAAAGUAGUUUUUCAUAAAAAGAAUUGUGGCAGAACGUUGAAAAUGUUACGAUAUUGGCUUGAAUUCUCUGUGGAACACGAAAACUCGCUUAAACAUAUAAAAUCUAAUAGUCACACAUAAGUCAACAAAAAAAUAUUAAACUCAAUCUUCGCAGCCUGAGCAGCUUCAUCCGUUGCUUGCAGUUACACAAGGCCAUCAGUUUUUAAGACAAUAAAUUUUAAGCAAAAACGUGUAAAAUGGCUGAACACCAAAAACUAUCGUUAUGUCCACGUCUGGUGGACUACAUGGCUAUUGUGGGUGCACGCACAACUCCGCCCAUGCCGAAAGGAUUGGCCGGCAAUAAAACGCCUCCCGUACAGAUACCGGAAUUGUUGCGUCGCUAUCCGCCCUCAGAUCACAGCGACUUUCCACUACCCCUAGACAUGGUGUACUUCUGCCAACCCGAAGGCUGCACCAGUGUAGGACCGCGGCGCACAGGUUCAGCUAUACGUGACAUGACGUCAUUUGUAUUUGCACUUACCGACAAAGAUUCGGGCAAGACACGUUAUGGCAUCUGUGUUAAUUUUUAUCGGCCCAUUGAACGACAUACAGCGAAUGUGGAUCGAGGAGCUAUGAGCGGCAACCACGGUGUUGCUGGACUAGGACAAAGCACAAGAGGUCGGCGGAGCUCUGCUUUCCGACGUGAGUCCUGGCGCAAGAGUAUGGAGCGUAGCUCAGACUCAGCUUUUAGUAGAACACAUGAUGCUAAACGGCGUAUUUCUUGUAAUAGUUACGGCCUCUUAACUUCUUCUAGCGACUACAGAAGUAACGUCGCUCCAAGUGAUUCGGAUCGUGAAAUGACAUCACGACGUGAUUCGGAUCCGCCGAAUCAGCAUCACUUAGCGCAUGGCGGGCACGGACACAUGUCACAGCAACAGCAGCAAAGUUAUCCACAGCAAGUACCCAAACUGGGUUUGAUGGCGCCAUCUGCGGAUUCGGAAUCGGGCGGCAGCCACUCGCCGUCGCCACGUGCCUCACGUAAACGCACGAAGCUACGCAAUCAAUCGCUCACCUCGUUAUGCAUCAUCUCACAUCAUCCGUUCUUCUCGACAUUUCGAGAGUGUUUAUUCAUACUGAAGAAGCUGAUCGAUGCCUGCAAUGAGUCGUCAUCGCCCAAACGUUUGGGCGCUUCACAAAAGCAAAAUCGUGACAAUGUUUGGACGGUGCUCACUGGUCAUGCCAGCGCCGAAGCUACCUCGUCCAUAGUAUUGCACGAUGUGCGCGAGAUUGAAACGUGGAUCUUGCGUUUGCUCUCCACACCAGUACCUGUACCGGGCUCUACACGCGUUGAGGUUGAGGUGCUCUCACCCACCGUGCAUGAGCCGCUGCUCUUCGCAUUGCCAGAUCAUACACGUUUCUCGCUUGUCGACUUUCCGCUGCAUUUGCCGCUGGAGUUGCUGGGCGUAGAGACGUGUCUGAAGGUCUGGACCUUGAUCAUGCUGGAAAAUAAAGUGCUGUUUCAGUCACGUGAUUAUAAUGCGCUCUCCAUGUCGGUAAUGGCAUUCGUCACAAUGCUCUAUCCAUUGGAGUAUAUGUUCCCGGUGAUACCGUUACUGCCGACAUGUCUGAGUUGCGCCGAACAAUUGUUGCUGGCUCCAACACCGUUCGUGAUUGGUGUGCCAGCAACAUUUCUUAUGUACAAAAAGAAUUUCCGCUUGCCGGAUGACAUCUGGGUUGUGGACUUGGAUUCAACAAAGUUAUCACCGCCAACUGGCGGUUAUGAAGAGAUACCACCUCUGCCAGAGCCUGAAGGCACUAUACUCAAGAAUCACCUGAAACAAGCUAUGCAACUUAUGGAUGAAGCUGGACUCGGUGCGCUAUCUUCUAUGUCAGCUUCCAAUCAGGCCAUUUCAGCACAACAGCUCAUGCCGUCGGUGCGUGACAGUCUCACAGAGCCAACUUUACUGGGAGUCUCGCAAGUCCGCUUGUCUCUACAGUCGCCCACACAGUCAGCGUAUGCAAGCCAACGCAGCUCGAUGUCGGCACAAGGUUCGCAUUCGAGGCAGCCGAGCCCAAUGAAUUCCCCUGCAUUGAAUCCAUUUAUUUAUGGCACUGAUGUUGACUCUGUGGAUGUCGCUACGCGCGUCGCAAUGGUUCGAUUUUUCAACGCGCAAAAUACUCUCGCCAACUUUGCCGAACAUACUCGCACAUUGCGUCUUUAUCCACGGCCGGUGGUCGCAUUCCAAAUCAACAGUUUCCUACGAUCACGUCCACGUGCAACACAGUUCCUUAAUCAGUUUGCACGCACACAAGCAGUAGAGUUCCUCGCCGAGUGGUCAUUGACACCCACUAAUGUUGCCUUCUUGCGCGUACAAACUGGUGUAAUGGAUCCAGCUCAGGUUGGCGAUAAGCCCAAAUGGUUUGCACAUCAGCUUACGCCUAUACGGUUUUCGGUCUGGGAUGAUGGCAGUUCACUCAAUGGUGCCCUACGUUCAUUGAAACAGUUGGAAUGUCAGCCAACCGAUGAAAGCGGUUCCGACUCAGAAGGCGCAGAGAGUUCAAGUUCCUCUUAUUCCUCGCUCAGUGAUUUUGUUUCGGAAAUGGUAUCGUCAGAUCUGUCGCCGAGUAUACAUGAUGUUUUCGGUGCACAUAAUCGACCACAUAAUGUGCCACAAACACUUUCAUCAAAUCUAGAUCCCGCUUUGGUUUACCAUCCACCUAGAACCUUACAGUAUCCAGAAAGCAUGUCUAAGAAAAUUGAAAUUAGCGAAGAUGAGGAAGCGCAACGCGCUAUAUCGCCAAUUUCGUCCUCAUCCAGUCGUUCGGAUCUAAGUUCGCCCAGUCGCGAUUCUGAAUUCGAAUUUCCAACUAAAUCAGCAACUGGUCCUUUCGAUUUAGCAGCGCCUGCGGCACAACGUCUUGAGGCGACGUUGCGUGCUGCAAGUAUUGAUAACGAAACUAAUGAAGCAGGAGAGCCAAGAAAAUCUCCGGUAUCUGCACAUAAACAACAGCUACAACAUCACCAGCAGCAGCGUCAUGCUGGCGAAGCAGAUCACACCGGCGUUGACAAGAAGCGUCCGCCUCCAAUAACACCACCAGUGUCCAAUAUUCUCGCACGUACCGGCAGUUCUGGUUCAAGCUCGAGUAGUCCUGGCAGACAGGGUUCACAAGGUUCACUUUUCGAAAAUUUUGCUUCGCACGCAAAGGAACUGGUGCGCGAGACAACCCGCCAGAGCAGUCAGGAGGGUCUCUUAGCUCAAGUGGACAAACAACAUUCAAUGGAAGGUAGUAUACCCGAAGAGUUAGAUGAAAAAGUGCGACACACUUUUGAAAAGUUUACCUUGCACGCUAAGAAAGCUGCCGGCGAAGCAUCUAAGCAAGCGUUAGAAGUCUCCAAGCAGGCUGCGGGGGUCAGUAAGCACACCUUCGAUGACCUAACCUACGUCAGCAAGUCAACGAUUGGUGAUUUAACGAAGACAGCCAAAGAAGCUGCUACCAAAAAGGGCAUAAUAAAAGUGGAUGAACAACAACACAUAGUGGGACAACAACAAAUUGCUACCCAAAAGCAAAUGCAGAGUUCGGGUGGCAACUUCUUUUCAUCUAUUGGCACCGAUUUCAAUGGACUGGCCUCAUCGACAUCCACCAUGUUUUCGGGCAUGUUCGGUGGCAAGAAAAAUCAGCAAAAGCAACAGCAACUACCGCACCCACAAUAUAGCAGCGGCAGCUUGCAGCAAAAAGCCAAGUCUGGCAUCAAUUUCGAUCCCUUUCCCAGUCGCAAAGGUCUGGUAGAACGCACACCACUUAUCAAACAUUCCGGUCCGGGGCAGACGCAGGAAGAUAUUACGCGCCAACAAAAUCAAGAGCGUUCACACAGCAAUACGGAAAAUCAGGCUUUCCUCAAAGAUGUCACCACGCAGGUUUUGGCUGGCGAAGGUGUUGGCUGGUUAAAGAUGAAUCGUUUCAAAAAGCUCAUGGAAGAUGAGUCGUAUCGCACGCUGGUUCUUAGUAAACUCAAUAAGACGCUGGACAAGAAAAUCAUGCCUGAUGAUCACAUAGAUGAUGUGUGCGUACCCAAACCGGUUUGGAAAGGUAUGCUAAAGUGCUUGCAAGCGCUGACUGCAGGGUUUGAGGUGUCUUUUUCGAACUUCGGCCUUGGCGGCAUGGCUUCGAUAUUUCAAAUGAUGGAAAUCGCGCACACACAUUACUGGAGUAAGGAGCUUAAUGAAACUACCGACAUAUCUUCCAGUUUGUUAUCCAGUCAUGCCACUAGCCCUAUGGGCAGUCGUGAGAAUUUGCGUUCGCCCUCCAGUCCCAUGGAUUCGCAUUCCGGUUUAGGCAGUGAAUGGGCUUCACCACAAGAGUCACGAAAAGGUUCUUCGCAAAUUGAUCGUGUCGGUCCAAUGAUUAAUACAGCCGCAACCACGGCGGCAGCCAGGCGUAUGUCAUCUGCCGACAGUCAGGACGGACAGUCGACAACGGAAAUGUUUAAGGAUAUGUUGGUGCAGAAACGCACAGCGCUGCUAAGCAAACUCACUUCAUUUGACUCGGACGGUGCCGGUUCCACAGGUGCUCUAUCGGUUGUUAGUGACCUACUGCCAGGCGGUAGUUUGAAUGUACGUAUGCCCGCUAGUUGUCGUUCAACGGUAUCCGAUACCGAAUAUGAAAAUACUACAACCUCGAAGGAUUCGAAACGAAGCUCUGGUAAUAUUUGGUCCGGCAAAUCCACGCUCAGCGCCGGUUUUCGCUAUACAGGCGGACAUCUAAUUAACACAUCUUCCUCGCCAUCGCCGGACAGUCCAAGAGUCUACCUGUUCGAAGGUUUAAUUGGGAGGGAUCGUUCGAAUUUGUGGAAUCAAAUGCAAUUCUGGGAGGAUGCUUUCUUGGAUGCAGUGAGUCAAGAGCGUGAUAUGAUUGGUAUGGAUCAGGGACCCAUCGAAAUGAUGGAACGCUACAAAUCAUUGAGCGAUGAGGAACGCAAACGCUUAGAGCACGACGAGGAUCGGCUACUCUCCACAAUGUUAUACAAUCUCACCGCCAUACUUGUAAUGCUUGGUGUAAACAAAGAGGAGAUUCGACGGAAAAUCCGACGCCUUCUGGGCAAAAGUCACAUUGGUUUGGUUUAUUCGACCGAAGUGCAUAAUGUUGUAGACCAAAUAAAUAAUCUUAAUGGCAAUGACAUCGAUCUAAAACCGCUCGGUUCGAGACUGCUGCAUCGUCAGAGUUUCACCGUACAUCCCGGUUCAGAUAAUAGCGGACCGCUGCUCUUUAUGGAAGUGCGCGACGACGGGCUAGUGGUGCGCUCUGUCGACGGCACAAUUGUCGAACGCUGGUUUUAUGAGCGUCUGGUUAACAUGACGUACUCACCAAAAACUAAAGUACUCUGCCUCUGGCGCCGCAACGGCGGACAGAUACAACUCAAUCGUUUUUAUACGCGCAAGUGCAGAGAAUUGUAUAACUCUAUCAAGGAGUCCAUGGAACGCAGCGGUACGCCGAAAAAUGUGCCGGAGUUGGGCGGUGAGUUCCCGGUGCAAGAUAUGAACACCGGUGAGGGUGGCCUUUUACAGGUGUGCUUAGAGGGUGUUGGUUUGUUGUUUGCCAAUAGCAAGUUUUUCGUGCGGCUGGAUCACAUACGAAAAUGCUUCACGCAGAUGGGCGGCAUUUUCGUGCUGGAAGAGUACAACCCUAAAACACGGCAUCUUAUUCAACGAAAAUAUAAAUCAACUUUGGUGCCAGUUGAGCAUAUGCUAAUUUAUUUCACACGCAUACUCUCAAUCGCUUACGAUUUGCACCUCCAAAAACUGCAAACCGGCGCAGUAGUAGUAUUUGAAGAGCCCCUGAUAGGUGUUGAAUCGAUAGCUGAUCCACAGGUGGAAGCUAAAGAGGUGGCCGAGGUUUUUGAGCAGGUAAAAAAUGUUGAGCUAACUACAGCUGCUGAGCAGGUGGAAACUGAUGAGCAAACUAAGGUAGAGGUGAAAGCUACGGAGCAAGUGAACGCUACUGAAGAGACGAAAGCCACUAUGCAGGCGAAAACUAAAGUGCAAGUUGUAGUUACAGAUCACGUAAAAAUUACUGAGCUGGUAGAAGAUAUCGAGCAGGUGAAAGCUAUUAAGCUAACUAAAGUUACUGAGCAAGUGAAAGCUUCUAGAUCGACCGGAGCUACUCAGCCGAUGGAAGUCGAUGAGCAAACGAAAGCUGUAGAGCGGGUGCAAAGUACAGAGCAAGUAGAAGUUACUGAGCUGGCGAAAGCUAUUAAGCUAAUUAAAUCGACGAAGGGUACUAAGCGAAUCGAAACUGACGAGCAAACAGAAGCAGCUGAGCAGCCGAAAGCUAUUGAGCAGGAGAAACUUACUGAGCAGAAGGGGGUUACUGAGCAGACGAAAACUACUGAGCAUUUGGAAGUUCUUGAAAUGGAGAAAGCUGCUCGAACAGCGAAAGCUACUGAGCAGGCAAAAGCUAAUGGGCAAGCGAAAGCUAAUGAUCAGGUGAAAGCUUAUGGGUAGGCGAAAGCCCCUGAGGAAGCGAAAGCUCACGAGCAGGCAAAAUGAAAUAAUCAGAUGAAAGUUGCCGAGUCUAUGAAAGCCAUUAAAGCAGUCGAAAACUACCAAACAGUCGGAAUCAACGGAGCAUGACGAAUACUUGAAAGCAAAGCUUGUGGUGCUACGUUUAUGGUCACGAAUUAGCAGGAAUUAAAUAAUAAAAGAAUUUUCAAACUGUGAUAUAUCUGAAAAGCAACUAGUAUAAGAUAUCUGCAGUCCACAUCCUACGUAAAUUUUUGAAAUAAAACAUACGUCACUAUAUAUACUUAGUAAAAGCAAAUAUGUAAAAAUUAAAAACCUUGCCUCAUUUCGUGCCGAGUUUAUUUUAUUCAAAAUUAUACAAUUCACACACUGAAAACAAAAUCUAAAUUAUUUAAAAAUUAUAUAUAUAUUAAACCUAGCUGCCUUUUAAUGCCAAGGAAGUAUAUAAAACAAUCACAAACAAGGUCUUAUAAAUUUUUAUACCCUAAAAUAUUUUUUAAAAUUAUGUAAAAUAAAGUUGAACAAAAAUCAAUAAGUUUUAAAAAAAUAAUAUAAUUAAAUAGUUUGCAUGACUGGUGUAUAGCUUUUGUAAAUACGAAUAUUGAGUUAUUAUUAAAUAAAUGCUAUUUAAAAUUGAUUCUAAAACUCACACAAGAAAGCUAAAAAUGUGUUUCUUUGUAUAAAUGUGUACAUAAGUGUUUGUGCACAUGUAUCUUCGUACAUAUAGGUACAUAUGUAUGUGUGAGUUUGUAAAUGUAUAUUACGAAAAUUUCUAAGUGUUUGUGAGCUCAUUUGCAUUUCUACUAUGGAAAUUUAGAAAGUACAUAUCAGGGGACGGAUUCAGUUUAAUUCCGAGCACUAAAUUUUUCUCUGUUCUUUUCUACCAAGUUUUCGUAUUAAUAUUAAUAAAAUUUAUAUUUUUACAAAAAACAGUACUUUUAUUAUUAUUCUUCAGCAGCACAUUUCAUUUGCUCAACUUUUCAUUUCUUUCACAAUAUUUGUUACUUUUUUAAGCCGUUCUGAUUCGGAACUAAAUCAUGAAACAAUAUUUUCGAUCUGUCAUAGCUGACAGACAUGGUGUUCAAUUAUAAUACUAAUUUAAAAUAACAUCACUGCUAUUUUGGAUGUUCCUUAUAGGUUUUAUACGAGUAUGUUUUCGUAUCUAAACUAGUUCAACUUUUCUCUUUUUAACCUCUUUCAGCGAUAGUUCACUUUACUGAAAUUUAUAUCACUCUCUAAAAUUUGUUUAUUCUGCAGUAGCUAAACUUCUCUAUGCUUUUAUUAUUUCGACAUUAGCCGUCUCUUAAUGACUUCUAUAUGAUUAUUAUGUAUUAUUAACGGAUUAUAUACCUGAAGAUGACUUUUAAAUUGUGAAGAAAAGUAUAUUUUACAAAAACAAAGAGAUCAAAGACCAGACAGAUAGAUAGAUGUCUAAAAAUCAGUAGUUUUGAAAAAUUUUCUUAAAGUUGCUUUAAUAUGUUAGUGGUUUUAUGGGUUGGAAACUAGAGGUCUAAUUAGUUUUAAGAGUGAUAUUAACCUUUGAGAGGUGGUUACAAUUCCAAGCAACUUCUAAAUUAAAGCGUUGGUUCACUAGUAGGCGCAAAGUUGAGACUAGAAUUGUGAUCUAGUAGUUUCACAAAAAUUUAGUUUUUAAAUCUUGUAAAUGGUUUAAAAAUGUACAUCAAGUCUAAUUUCUGAAGUUUUCUCUUCUCAAGCUAUUCUUUGAGGUCUUAUUACAUUGGCUACUCAGCUAACCUAAAUCGCUAAACUGUGUACGUUUUUGGGAAAAGAUUCAACAUCAAAAAUUAUUUAAUUCAAACUCAGCAAAGCACUGCUAUUCAAUUUUAUGGCUAUAUACCUAGUAAAAGCCACAUAAACCACUUUGAUAAUAUUUUCGAUGGCCUCAUUAUAUAAUAUGUUAAUCAAAUUUUAAGUUAAAAGCAUUCUUAUACUUACGUUGAAAGGAAUUAAUGGAUAACUAUUUGGUUGAGGUCUGGGAGCAAUUAGAUUAUUUUUAUGUUCAUCCGCUCGCCUAAAUUUUUUUCGAAAAUAUCGUUUACCUUUUCCAAUAAUACUCGCAUUCGCUUGCUAAAAUUGAAGUCAAAAUAUUGGGAUCUUUUGUUAAUAAUACACUCAGAGAGCAAAUUAAGUACUUAAUAUACUCGAAGAUAUGAGAUGAAAUUACUCUCAAAAAAAAAAAUAAAUAAAUGGUGAUCCCACUGAUAGUGGUCGGCAGAAGAGGAACUGCGACUGGGAGGGUAAGCACGAAAAUAAAGACACCCAGUGAAAACUAUGUACCCUUACAUUUUGAGAAUUUUUUUUGCUCUUUCGAGUAACAAGCAUUUCCGUGCGUCUUUUUCAUUUCAUAUAUUUUUCGUUCAAAGAAAAUAUAUUGGACCCUAUAAACCUAAACUUUAUUGUUCUUAAAUAACCUCGAACACAAAAUGUAAUUCAUAAAACCAAAAGGCAUUCAUAAUCAUUUAUAAUUCUGCGCAGAACAAUUUGGACUUAGCAGCACGACCAUGCCCGAUUUUAUUUCGUCGCCGUCUAAAGAACGACUGAACGAAAGAGCGUAAGGGUAUGUGUGAAGUCUGCUAGCACAAUUGUGCUAUACAAUGACGAGCACUGUUUCGGCGAGCAUCUUCUGUUCGAGCGUUUUUAAGGCAGGGACUUGAUAUCCUUUAUUUCAUAUUAUGUUAUCUUCUGGGUUGUGGAGCAUGUGGAUAAAAACGCCUGUUCUGAAGAAGUAAAGAGUAAAUAUUAGCUAUGUUUUUAAACCCAAUUUAUAAUUAAGAUAUGUAACUCAAAAUGUAUAAUUUAAACUAAGAUAAAAGAAAUAAUAAAGAAUAAAAAAUUUUAAAAUAUCAAACAAUAUCAACCACUAAAUUUUCUUGACCCCAACUAAAUCUUCUUUACAAAAAUAUUGUGCGACGCUUAUUUCCACAUAGAAAUGCAAAUGACCUUAGUUUGUUAAUGCGUUUGUUGUAGCAAUGCAAGCGUGCUCAAAAUAAAUACAUGCAUUUAAUAAGUAUAACGUAUCGUUAUUAAAAAUUUUCUCAAUUUUCUCACUUUUCCAAGGCUGACCAGAUUUGCUAUGCGGUUUUGUGCGUUUUCUCUUAUGUCGCCGCCGGGCAGGAGCAGAAGAAGAAUCCCGUUGUUAUCACGCCACAAAUACAGGACAUACACGCACAGCAAAAACAACAGCACGCACAACAGCAAAAGCAAUUACAACAACAACAACAUCAACAGCAGCAGCAGCAACCGCAUCCGAGCAGUAGCGGCGCUACAAGUCCACGCGCCUUGAUGGCUAAGCAAACAGCGGCGGCAACAACUACACCCAGCAACAAGUCGCCAUCAUUACCAACAACACAUCUGCCACCUCAACAAGGCACUGGUAAGAAUUCCACAAUCACCAUACGCCACACGAUGCCAAUGCAAAAGCCGACGGUGACAACGGCCACGGUGCAGCCACAGGCGAAGUUGCCGCAUGCCGCAUAUACCUCGCCAGCCACAAUCACUGCUGCGCCCAUGCAAACAACAAGCGCGUCUGGCGGCACAACAAUGCAACAACAUCAUCAACAACAACAGCAGCAGCAACAACAUCACCCACAAUCAAACUAUCAACAAGUGUCACCCGUUUCACCAAUACAGCAACAUGCACAUCAAUAUUCACAACAACACCAACCAACGCCACCAACUCACCAUGUGCCCUCCCACAGUCCAGUUAGCCGCACCAACAGCAGUGGCAGCACAACUGGUUCCUUACCACAAUUGCCGCCGCGCGUGCCCUCACAAACCUCAACUGAGAGCCUGCACUCCUCGCCACCAAUUGGCAAGACGCGCGGCUUACCAGCCGGACCACCGCCCGCAAUACCGCCACGCAGCGGCGCCAUGGCACGCGCUGGUUCCUUACAAGUACAUUCCUCGGCGGCGGCGGCGGCAACGUCGUCAGCCGCCAGCAACGCUCUAACGGGCGCACGUAACUUUGUGCGUCAAAUUUCAGCAAGUUCAACGCCACCACAAUACACACCGCAGCCACCGCCACCCUUCGUAAUACCCAAACGGCGCACCUCAUUGUCGCGUGCCUCCUCGGUUGCGUGUUCGGGUGCCGCAGGUGCAUCCCCAGCGAGUUCAAUGGGCGCUGUAGGCGGUCAACGACCCUCAUAUGGUAGUGUGAACAUGGGCAUGUCCCAGCAACAACAACCGCAGCAUCCUUCGUACCAGUCACAACAGCCACAACAACAGCAGCAACAAUCGACUGGUGCCAGCGGUGCCAACAAACACUGACGAAGGAGCUCAUUCUUUCGUUUUAGCGGCAGCAGCGGUGGCGGCGGUGGUGGUGGUCAUGCGGGUGUUGAACCACAGCCACGUGAGGUCUGCCGCACUAUUUGUAUUCCAUGGCUCUGAAAAAGUGACACAGAACGGGUAACUAACGCCAGCAAGCACUGGCUACUAAACUUUUCCGCUACAUAGAUGAGCUUUAUUAUUAACAUACCGAAAUCAAGGCAGCCACCCUGAAGGAAAAAUUUUACUAGGCUAGGUUAAUGAUUGGAUAGGCUAAUGAUCAUUUCGGGGAUUACGAAUGCCAAGUUUCUAAUUAAGUAAAAAGCUCAAACAUUUCUCAAAUUUUUAAAAUAAUUAUUUGGCAAAUACAGUGUAAAGAGUGUAAAACCAGAUUUUUAUUAAAUACAAUUUGCAGAAAUAUCGCCUCAUUUCACCUAUAUUUUAGCUUUUAUAAUAUGCACAUGAAACACCUUUUCCAAAUAAAACAGAAAACAUUAACAAGGUGUAACUAGUACUAGGCUAUCGACGAACCUUAGAAAAUAAAUCUCCCGAUUUAUCUUUAAAGAGUUCUGCAUGUGUGAAAUAAAUCUUUAAUAUCUGAUUAAAAAUUGUCGACAAAAAGAUUUCCUGUUAAAUGUACUUUAUAGAGAAUUCUGUGAGUAAUAGGUGGAUUUUUUUCCUAGCUACCGGGCAACACUUUCCAAAUAUUUUCAUUUAAUUUUGAAUUUUGUUUUUUACGAAACAAUUUUUCUCAUUUGAUGUAGAUGACAACUGAGAGUAAUUUAAUUUUUCGUAUUAAGACGUGCUAGUAGUAGACGAAAGGUCUAGUUUAUCUUUACUAAUCUUUUUCUCCAGGCAAUUUUGCUUAUCUGGUUGAAAUUUCGCAGUAAGCAGUACUUGGACGUACCUAGUGGCUCCCACUCAAAGUAUGUAUAUGUAAGCAAAGGACCGCCACUUAGCGGUCAAAAAAAUUUAUUGAAUUACUGUAUCUUACCAUAGUUUUAAAAUGGCUUAUGUUUGGUCGAUUCUGGAGAGCAAAAAGCAGAAAAUAUUUGGAAAAAUAUAGAACUUCGCCUAAGUCCUUAAACUAGUAUACGAGAAUCUAACUUCACAAAUGUCGCUAUAAAAUCAAUUAAAGAAAAAAAUGAUUGUCUCUGAAAUACAUAUACAUACCACAGAAUGGUAAAAUGUAUGAUCUUUAAGUUAUUUUUAAAAACUGCUCCUUAGAUGACUAUUUGAUCAAACUAAAACUUAAGCCUUGUUAACUGAGUCAAGUGAGUGUAGUCGUGGGUUCGAAACAAUUUCUGAUAACUAGACAAUAUCAGAAUUCAUGCUUACUGAUAACUCGAUUUUUCUCUAUAUACAGAAGGUAGUUGAAUAUUUCAAAAUAAACUGAAGAAUUUUCUGGUAGUAUAUACUGCUAAUUAAAUAUAUUUAUUUUGGGUAAGCAUGUCAUAAAAUGUAUGUGACCCUUUUCCAAUAAAAAAGUUUGUCAAAUUUGAUUAUGAUUUACAAAAGUAAUUGCUUCAUUAAAAAUUAUUCCCUUAAUGCAAAUUCAAGUCGUUAUCAAUUUUGAGUACCGUAAACGCACACAAAAUAACCGAAACAGUUUGUGCAAUAUAUAAAGUGGUGUUCGAGAUUCUAUCUAUAAUACGGUAAAACUAAUAUUUAAUAUUCAAAAUAUGAAAUGUACAAAUAAACAAUUUGAGGACAAAAAAAAUUAAGCAAAAAUUAAAAAUCAAAAUAAUCAACAAAUUCUACUAACCAGUUAUCUGGUAUACUGAAUCUAGUGUACUAUAAUAAAUGUAACAAAACAAAGUUUUUCAAAAACAUUUUUCUUAUUUACAUAAAAUUUACUUACUUGAACUUAACUGGCUUCUUAAAAUUUAUCGGUACAUAGCUUGUAAAUAUAAGUUUAUCAAAGUGACGAAAAUGAUGACAAAUUAUCAAGCCGUUUACUAUCGUUUAUUUAUUCUUUUUAACCACUAAAUGAUAAAUAAAGCUUUACAUGAUAUUUCAUAGAAAACCUUUAGUUCGCAUCUUUAAAUAAAGUUUCAACUUGGCUUGACAGAUAUUUCAAAAAAAUUAAUAAAUUAAAUAAUUAAAAGUAUGACUGCUUGUGUUUACCCAGUGCGGUGACCAUCACUAUUCCUUGGAGAGUCAUCUAAAAUCAAAUUGACACAAACUAAGUUUUAUUAAUAGAUAAUUUAUUGCUAGAUCGACUUUUUUUAUUUAACAAAAUAUAUUUCGGAUUUUCUGCAAAAACCAAUAAUUAAGUUCAUAACAUGUUUUCAAAAAUCUAUUUAAAUUUCAUUGAAAUCGACAGAGCGAUUUUCGACCAGUUCAAAAAACAUAGUUUUGAGGAAAACUCUUUAAAGUUUUACACGAACGUUCCAGACGCGUCCAAAAAACCUUUGCAAAUUGUCGAAUAACUCGAAAAGUAUUUGUAAAACAAGGCUGCUAUACUUUUAGAAUAUUCAAAAAAAAAAAAUUACAAAUAAUGAUUACCCCUAACCCCUUAAACAACUAUAAUGGUACUAUGUUCUUGUUUCCAAAGUUCUAAAAUUUAAAGUAAGAUUAAUUUAUAUACUAAUUUAACAGUUAUAAAUGCAACAAACAUAUAAUGUUAUUCAUAUGUAUAUAUAUAUGGUACAUGGGACCGUAUAUAAUAAUUUGCUAAAAAUUCGUGCCUGGCGCCUUCUUGUUGGUUUUCCAAGUGCAGUACUCUGACAACUUUUGAAAUACUAACAUUUAGAAUAUAAGAAAAAGUAGGUUUUAGUUAAAAAUACUACCAUGACAGCACCUAUCUGACCCUUAUUAUUUCUACAAACUUUGCAGAAGUACAAGUCGAUAAAAUUGUUUGAAAAUAGUAUGAAGCAACAAAAAAACUCUUCAAAAUUAGAUAUUUAUACACUGUGUAUAAUUUACAUAGGAAUACAUAUGUAUGUAUUUAACAUAAACACGUAACACUAAAUAGUUCCAUAACUAGCUUUAAUAUCAAUGUUAUCUGUUACACUGAAAGAGAGCAAAACUCAGUAAGAGUAUUACUAAAUACAGUAAGUAGAAUCGGCCACAGUGAGAAAACAAAAAUAACAAAUAUUUGUUAUCGAUAAUCGUAUACAAACAACAGAAACUAACUAUAUAAAAACGUUAUCAAAAAAUAUAUAUAUACAUAUACUUACGUCUACCAACAGGGAUGACGUGAUUUUGACAGCUCGUUGCGGCCAUAUUUGGGGAUUUGUGUUUAAUUUGGUCAAUGUGUUCAUUAAGGUUUGCCAUUUCAUCGUAUUACGUUUCACUUUUGUACAACACUUAGAAAAUGUCCAAGAUUAUUACGUAAAUUCACGUUCUCAGGUGGCUACUGUAAGAGCCCUUCGCGCAAAACACGGCGAUCUAAGAGGCGAUCAUUUCUGGCUUAAUGGCUUCUUCAACAAACAAAAUUGUCGCUAUUGGGGUGAUUUAAAUCCUCGUGUGGUUCAGCAAACGCAAUUGCCUCCCUAAAAGUUUACCGUUUGGUUCAGAUUGUGGUAUGGCGGCAUCGUCGGACCUUAUUUUUUUUUGAAUUGAGACAGGAAAUGUCGUUGCCAUCAAUGAAGAGCAUAAUAACACGAUGUUAACCGACAAGGCGGUGCGCCACUUCAAGUUUGACGUAUAAACAUGGACACAUUGCGUGCAAAGUUUGGUAACUCGUUUCGAGUAAUGGCCCAUAUCAAGUAUAAAUGGCCGCCAAGAUCAUGCUAUUUAACGCCUCUAGAUUAUUUUCUCUUGGAGUAUGUUAAAUCAAAGGUGUACGCCAAUCUACCAGCAACGCUCGUGGAGUUCGAAGACAACAUUCAGCGCACUACAAGUAUAGCCGAAAUGCUGCACAGGGUCAUAGAAAAUUGACGUAAACGGGUGGAACGGAACCGUGGUGGCCGAAAUUUAGUUCAAAUAAUAUAUGGCCCAAAGUAUCUGCAUAAAAAAACAAACCGAACUCAUUUUAAUCAAAUUUGAGUGUUUUAUUUAAUUUUAAUAACACGUCGUUCUUGUUGGUUGACCCUUUACAAGUAUAUAUACUUGUACAUAUGUAUGCAUAGCAGUACUUAUGUUUGAAGUUCUAAGAAAUAUACAAUAAUAUUUCUCAUCGCUUUAAAGCUUUUGACUAUACUUAUAUAUAUGUAUACAUAGCAUGUAUAUGGUAUAUAGAUAUUUGUAUUUAUUUUCGAUUAAUUUCGAUUAUUCGCUUAUUUUUAAUAAAUUUACUGUUUGAAAAUAUCAUCAAUUUGUAAUGAAAAAUAAUAAUAAUGACUAAAAAAUUUAUUGUUGUCUGCUGUAAGUGUGUAUCUUAAAAAAAAAGUAUUAAUUAUAUAACGAAAGUCGAUAAUAACGCGUUUAUAGUAGUUAAACUAAUGAGCACAAGCUGAAAAAUCAAUUGAAGGCAAUCUAGAUAGGGAAUGUAUGUAAUGCAAUGAAUUAAAUGUAAAUACUUGUAAUUAAAUUGUAA